UCAAUUUUUAAACAUUCUUUAAACAAAAUAGAAAUUUGUAUCAGUAUUUUCGGUUUAUUGUUGAUUAAAUUUGAGCUAAAAUUCGACCACCAAAUCUUCAGUUUUGUCAAAAUUCUAAGGCACAGACAGAGAAGAGCACUGCAAUGGACGAUAUACGCACACUGAAGUACGACAUCAAAUGGGAUGAGCACGAUGGCAUGCCCAUAACCGACAUUAACUUUAAGCACUAUGAUCUGGUGAUUGAGUUCAUGUGGGCGAACUCCUUCCUGAAGAGCUUGGUGUACGAGGGUCUGGGCCUGUUCGAGGUGGAGGGCAUGAAGCAAAUCUACUCGAACUAUGUGCGGCAUAUCCUGCAGAACGAGUGCUCGGUGAUGAUGCUCAGUGCGGACGAGACGGAGAUAAAGGCUGUGGGUCUGCUCGAAUGGAUGACAGAGGAGUGGCAUUCCUGGGUUUUUCUGCCCUCGUCCAUACCCAAGUGCCUGUUCCAGCAGCUGAUCAUGAUGAAAAUGGAACUGGUGGAAGCCACCAAGGCCAAUCUGGGUGUGGCCGUCUUCGAUGCACUGACCGUCCACGAAAUCGGCUUCCCCGACGAUCUGUACUCGGACAGGGACUUCCUCAUGAUCAUGUUCGACACCUUCGGCGCCGUGGCCCAGCACAUGCACAUGCCGCGCGUCUGCUUCAUAGCGCUGAGCACCGUGGAUCAGGCGGCAGCCAAUGCCGUCGAAUACGACGAAAUCGGACGCACCAUUUACUCCAUCUACAAGGUGGGCAGCAAUCGACCCUUUGACAUACUCCGCGAACUGGAUGAGAUGUAUGCCCUGAUCUUUGAGCUGCCCGUCAGUCGGCUGGUUCAUUACAUGGAGAUGCCCGGAUUCGAGGAGUUCCACGAGGCUCUGGCCGCCAAACUGGCCAAGGAAGCGGCCGAGAAGAAGCAGGAGGAGGCGGACUUCUAGGUCAAUAAAUGUGCAGCAUAUACUUGGGCUGUUCUCUCUGUCUGAGUCCAGAGU